UGUGCUUGUUUAUUUAUUUUGAGAAGACAGUGUGCUUGUUUGUGUAUUUUAAGAAGACAGUGUGCUUGCAAGUCAACACAGUAAUGGAUCUCAUCGGAAGCAGUUAUAAGGGAGAAACAAAAAAUGGCAGGAUGGAUGGAAAAGGAGAGUACACGUUUCCCACAGAGACCAAGUAUGAGGGAGAGAUGAAAGAUGGGAUGUUUCAUGGCAAAGGAGUGCUACACUUUCCAAAUGGAGGCACAUACGAGGCCACCUGGGAAAACGGCAGAGCUAAACAGGGGUCUUAUACCUUUGCUGAUGGUCUGCAGUACCAAGAGAAGGACUGGGACUACUGUGAUGGAAAAGACAGGCGCUUCUACAGUGAGAGGUGCAACGGACUCCGACCUCCAGGAGAAUCUCAGCUUACUGAUCUGCAUCCGCCACGCGUCAUUCCUGAUGGAUGCUACGAUUGUGGGGAUGGUUUCUAUGACCCCAAUACCAGAGUCGUCACUUCCAGCACUGGCAGAUUCCUCCGGGCUGCAGAUGACUCCGAAGAUGAGUGGAUUGUGCGGACCUGUCGGAAAGCUUGGGUUGAGGUUGUUGUCCUUGAUUCUGAAAAGUCUUCCGCAACUGGACCGGAAGAGAACAGCAAUAUCAACGGAGGAUUUGAUGAGUAUACAGCUUAAUAAAACAACUUUGGUUUUGUUUGACCUAUAUCUUUGUUUAA